UAGUCAUAUGUGACUUAUUGAAACAUUAGACUGCUCUCAGAUUUUUUAUCAUUUAGAGUAGCGUGCUAGCAUGUGAUCAUCACCAUCGGUCAUAUCAUAUCGCAUCGUAAGUCGUACCUAAGUCCAUAGUGGUUAGUGGCAGUGGCAACACGUUCGAGUGCAGAAAAAAAAUACAAUCCGACCCUGGCAAAAUACAAUCAGCUGUUUGUAAUGACAGUUCUCUGACAAAUACAAAAUGGUUGAAAACUAAAGUUGGCAAACAAAGAAAGGCAGCGUAAUAGCGUUUUUUGGCGUUUAAAAACGUUUUAUAAAGUGAAAAGUGUAUUAAAAUAGUGCGUGUGAAGUGUUUAGUGCACAAUGUUGGAUUUGGAGAUCAUCCCGGAGCGAUCCCUGGGCUGCGACGCCUGGGAGUUCGUUUUAGGGAUGCAUUUCUCUCAGUCAGUGGCCAUCAUACAGAGUCAAGUGGGCACAAUCAGAGGAGUACAAGUACUAUAUAGUGAUCAGAACCCCCUAAACGUAGACCUAGUGAUAAAUAUGCCUCAAGACGGCAUCCGGUUUAUAUUCGACCCGGUCGCCCAACGGCUCAAGAUCAUAGAGAUAUACAACAUGAAACUAGUUAAGCUUAGGUAUAGCGGCAUGUGCUUCAACUCGCCAGAGAUAGCGCCAUCUAUCGAGCAGGUGGAGCACUGUUUCGGCGCCACGCACCCCGGCCUCUACGACUCGCAGAGGCACCUGUUCGCGCUUAACUUCCGGGGGCUGUCGUUUUAUUUCCCCGUUGAUAGCAAAUUUGAGCCCGGCUACGCGCAUGGACUGGGCUCGCUCCAGUUCCCGAACGGCGGCUCGCCCGUCGUCGCCAGAACCACCAUAUACUACGGAUCUCAGCAUCAGGCCAGCAGCAGCGUAGGAGCGGCCACGGGCGCGCCGCUGCCACCUCUGCCAUUAUCAUGCUACCGGCAACAGCUGCACCUGCGGCGUUGUGACGUGCUCCGCUCGCCGCAGACCACGAGGGGGCUGAGGCUACACAUGUUCACUGAAGGCACGUCGCGCGCCCUGGAGCCGGUGCAGCUGGCGCUGUGCCGCGUGGUGCGGUUCGGCGACUCGUGCCAGGCCGUGGCGCGCGCGCUGGGCGCCCCCGCGCGCCUCUACUACAAGCACGACGACAAGAUGCGCAUCCACCGCCCGCCCGCGCGCCGCCCGAGGCUCCAGCCUCCCGCCACGGAUUACUUCUUCAACUACUUCACCUUGGGAUUGGAUAUCCUCUUCGAUGCGAGCACGCACCAAGUGAAGAAGUUCGUCCUGCACACCAACUAUCCUGGGCAUUACAACUUCAACAUGUACCAUCGUUGCGAAUUCGAGCUCGCCGUGCAACCCGACAAAUGCGAACCCAACUCGCUAGUAGACAGCGUGGGAGCCGUCAACAUCACCGCGUACUCCAAGUGGGAGUCUGUCUCCCGCGCGCUGCGCGUGUGCGAGCGGCCCGUUGUCCUCAACCGAGCUUCUAGCACCAACACCACCAACCCGUUCGGCUCCACGUUCUGCUACGGCUACCAGGACAUCAUAUUUGAGGUGAUGUCGAACAACUACAUCGCGUCCAUAACGCUGUACCAGCCCGAGGGCGGGCGGCCCGCCUUCGCCGUCAACUCCAUCGCGUGACACAAUCAGGUUUCCCCAAGCAAAGGCUUGUACACAUCCUGAACUAUUUCAGUUGCCAGCCUUUACAAUCCUCCACUUGCGCGGGCAACACCGUUGCCACGCGCUGCGAAGCAAUCACAACAUAUCCCCAACAUAAAGCACCUAAGAGGAAACAGUAUUGAAAAAAAAAAUGUGAUAAAAACUGUGAAAAAAAAAACUAAAAAAAGUUAAGUGAGUGACAGAUCUCAGAUGGUGUGCAUAAGUCUUAUUUAAUUCCUCGGAAAUAGUAACUUUUUUAUUUCUCGACAUAGAAGGAUAUGUAAGAAAUUAGUUAAAUUUGUUUUUAAACGAAUUCUGAUUCACGAGAAUUAGCAUUAGGCUGUUGUAAAUAUUUUUGAAAAUAUGGUAAAAUUAAGAAAUCAUAAAUCAAUGUAUUUUUUCUAAAAAAAAAAGAUGAUUUUGAAAGGCGUUUGCUAUUGCGUGUGGGAAUAUUGAGAAAAAAAAGUGUAAAAAAAUAUUUUUCUUAUGACAACACCACAAUAUGCCAUGGAUGUUUUUUUUUGUAAUUUUUAUGGUUUUAAUUAUUAAUAAAUGUGUAAGGAUUAUAAGUAAUGUGCCUCACUAUGACGUUAUUUAUUUAUGUGUUCGUAUUUUCAUUUUUUAUAUUGUCUUGCUUUUCGAUUUCGUCAAUAGUUUAUAUGAAUCGAAGAGUUAAGCUUGAAUCUAAAUCCUUUCUUAUCUAAAAUUUUAAAUAAAUAAAAAAAUAGGCGCUUAGCCUUUCAAAGAUAGCAUACUCCAGAGAAUUUAGAACGGUUACCACCGUGGCCGGGCGGUCUAGUGGUCAGGACGUAAGAUGAAGAUGCGGGUUCAAUUCCCGCCUUGGCCACCGGUGGACUUGGUCACUUUUUCUUUAGUGUACGAUCUUUCAACUUAUUAAAAAAACUCUGACUUAUGCCAAUUGUUUAUUUAUUUAAAAAUUUAGAUUCAGGACGAUUAAAUAUAAUUUUAAAUAUUGAAAGCCAGCGUAAUACAGAUACCAUCAAAGAUCAGUACGAUCAAGGUGCACAAAAAUAUCUGAACUCGACUUUAUUGUUAAGGCGAUAAAGUAUAUAUUCAGAUAUUGUAAGGCACUAUACUAGAGUCAGACCAAGCCAAGUUGGCAGCGAUUUUGAUAGCGCAGACGGCGCAAGUGUUAUUUUAAAC